AUGACGAGCACGAUCGGUAUCCCCAUCAAGCUUCUCAAUGAGGCCGCCGGCCAUAUUGUCACGCUCGAGAUCACAUCUGGCGAGGUGUAUCGCGGCAAGCUAAUCGAAGCGGAGGAUAACAUGAAUGUACAGCUGAAGGAUAUCACCGUAACGGCGCGUGACGGCCGUGUUUCCCAUCUUGAACAGGUCUACAUCAGGGGAAGCCAUGUGCGGUAUUUCAUCGUUCCAGACAUGUUGAGGAACGCACCCAUGUUCCGAUCGAGAGGUACCCGGGGUCGUGGUGUCGGUCUUGCGCGUGGCAGAGCAACGGUUAUUAGGGCAAGGGCUAGUACCAGAGGCGGAGGACGUUGA